AUGUAUGGCACUUCGCACCCUGUCUCCGCUCCGAUGAACGGCAUCGGAGGGGAUCUCGUCGAUGGUUCCGGGACUAUCAACCCGGCCGCCUUGAAUAACUCUGUCGCGAUCCCUCCGACCGUGUCGACGGCAACUAACAAUGGCAACCCGCGCGGUGUCAAGCGGAGUCGAUCGCCCGAUCAACGCUCGGAUCUUCCGGCCGAUGGAGAUCAUGACGAGAGUCUGUAUGAGCAAGGUCGUCGGAAACGAGGGCGCCCCCCGAAGACGCCCCGAGCCACAACAGCAGACCAGCCUACUUCCGCCGUUCAGGUCCAGACCCCGCGCAUCCAGACGCAAAGCCAUCCGGCGCAUACCAUCAUCUCUCCGCCGCAAGCCUCGCCCGGCGACAAGACCACCCCGACCAAGUCGCUAGUCAAGGCGCUGCCCACGGUGCGCGACCACACCACCGACCAGCUCAAUGAGCAGGGCGACGAGUAUAUCCCCAAGGAGUUUGACGAGCAGGGCGAGAAGAAGGUCGACGCCAUGGGCUACCUGCAGGACGGCCGCGAGUACAAGUGCCGCAUCUUCCGUGUCCCCCACCGCGGCACCAAGCUGUUCAUGCUGGCCACCGAGUGCGCGCGCGUCCUGGGUUACCGCGACUCCUACCUGCUCUUCAACAAGAACCGUUCCCUCCACAAGAUCAUCGCCUCCCAGAUCGAAAAGGACGAUCUGAUCCAGCAGGACAUCCUGCCCUACUCCUACCGCUCCCGCCAGAUCGCCAUCGUCACCGCCAAGUCCAUGUUUCGCCAGUUUGGCAGCCGUGUCAUCGUCAACGGUCGCCGCGUCCGCGACGACUACUGGGAGAGCAAGGCGCGCAAGCAGGGCUUCACCGAGGACGAUUUGGCCGGCGAAAAGCGUCCCGGCGCCGCCAAGGCUCGCGAUGCUGCCGCCGCCGCCGCCGCCGAGGCCGCCACGGCCAACCUGCUGCCCGCUCUCGGCCAUGGCGACGUCAUCUACAGUAACGCCCUCGAGGCCAUGCCGUCGCACGGUCUCUCGAUGGGCUCGACCGGCUCGCCCGUCCCCUCCUAUGCGCCGCUGCCCAUGAUCCACCUGGCCACCACCACCGAUGACCCGCGCCUGCGCGAGUAUGCCAACAUGCCCCGGCCUCGGCAGGACCUGAGCGGGCCCGCCUAUCAGGACCGUACGCAGCCCAGCACGGCGGCCGAGAUCCUGAAUCAGGCCUCGCACACGGCCGAUUUCAACAAGCUCUUGAGCUCGCAGCGCAGCUUCCGCCAGAAGGGUCUCGAAGACUUCUAUGCCAAACAACGCGAGUCACCCGUCGACGCGACCUCCGACACCCUCGACGCCACCCACGUCCCCGCCUCGCAGACCUCCAUGCCCUCCCCUCAGCUGGCUGCCGCCGCCGCCGCCGCCGCCGCCGCGGGCGUUCUCAACCAUCAUCACCUCUCGCAUCUCCCGCAACACCCGCAACACCAUCAUCCUCAGCACCCUCAUCAGCCACCACCGGGACUGAUGGCCCACCAUCAAGCGUCACUAAUUCCGGGCUCCUCCUACCCCCAGCCGGGCCAACAGCCGCCGUCCAUGACUGCACAGUCUCCCAUCCGAGGAAUGCCUCCCACCAUCCGACCAGACAUGAUGCAUCAUCAGCGGGCUGCGAAUCCGGUUCUGGCCGCCGCGGGGGCUACCCAACAGUCACCCCCGUAUGGUUAUCCGACUCAACACCAUCCGCAGCAAAUGUGGGGGCAACCACCCCCGCCGCCGCAACAGCAACAACAACCACAACAAUCACAACAGCAACAACAACAACAACAGCAACAACAUCAACAGCAGCAGCAGCAGCAGCAACAACAACAACAACAACAACAUCCAUCCCCGGCCGGAAUGGCUCAGUAUGCCGCACAGAUGCAUGUCCAACCGCCGCAGCAGAGCCCGUCCCCGAUGGCGCAUCCACAACAGCCCCCACCCCCGCAACUCCAGCAGCAGCACCAACACCAACCACACGCGUCGCAAUCACCACGUCGCCCGCCUGCCACUCAAAUGCCGCAGUCGUUCCAGAUGCACCCGCAGGCAGCGGCGGCCGCCGCCGCCGCCGCCGCACAGCAGCACCAACAGCAGCACCAACAGCAGCACCAACAGCAGCAACAGCCGCAGCAAUUGGCGUCGAUGGGGUAUCCAGGUCCUAACGCGGCAGCCUACCCGGCUAUGGCGGCGCGGGCGAUGUAUCCGUCGUCCCAGGGUCCUGGUGCGCAGCAGUUCCUCGCCAACCCACAGCAACCCGGGCUGGGGAUGUUGCCGGGCUGGCCGCCGGCUCCAGGCGGGGGAAUGGGACCUGGUCAUGCACAACAGCAAGGUCAAGCUGGAAGUCCGUUAGGAGGAUGGUCAGGGUAUUAG